GAAUCGAUCCUUCUGGAAUUAAAAGAAAUAUACGGACGACAUGGAUUCGUUUAAUUCAAGCGGAGUUGACGCGUUUGCGUUUAAUUUAAAUUCCUCAUCAGAAAGUCCGUAUUGCGUGGCUACAAUAGCGAGUCUUGCAGCACUUGUAAGUUUUCUCAUUUUGUUUACGGUGGUCGGGAACGUUCUGGUUGUAAUUGCCGUGUUAACAAGCCGAGCACUGAAAGCACCCCAGAAUCUGUUUUUGGUUUCCUUAGCCACCGCAGACAUUCUGGUCGCCACUUUAGUGAUGCCCUUUUCUCUGGCCAACGAACUUAUGGGGUUUUGGUAUUUCGGGAAAGUUUGGUGUGGAAUUUAUCUGGCGUUAGAUGUCUUGUUUUGCACUUCGUCCAUUGUCCAUUUGUGCGCAAUCAGUUUAGACCGCUACUGGUCCGUUACGCAAGCUGUUGAAUACAAUCUAAAACGGACUCCUAAACGAGUGAAGUGUAUUAUCGUCAUUGUAUGGCUUAUAUCUGCGUUGAUAUCCUCUCCUCCAUUAAUAUCAAUAGACAAUAACAAUGACCACACUCUGUACCCACAGUGUGAGCUGAAUGAUGACACUUGGUACAUCCUCUCCUCUAGCAUUGCGUCGUUCUUCGCUCCCUGCCUAAUAAUGAUAUUAGUAUACAUCCGAAUAUACCAAGUGGCUAAGACCAGGACCAGGGGCAUGUCGGAGAAGAAACACGGUGCAUGUGAAUCUACAAUGACUGAGAAUGGACUGAGCAGAGUAACGCCGCCGUGCAAAACGAACGGGGACAGAGAGAACGGCCACUGUCAGUGCCCGCCCACACCCAGUAUGAGGACAACCGGGGUCCAUGACGAGGUGGACCAGGACGAGAGCUCCUCCUCUGAGGGCAAAGGUCGCCCCAAACCCCCCGACCUGCACCGUAAGAAAGCCAAGAGUGCCCGUAGAGCCAGCCGGAAGAACAGCGCCAUCUCCAAACACUCCAGCCGGAUUUCCAGAGCCAGCAACAAAUCCAUGGACAUAUUUGCCUCCAGGAGGAAGAGGAGGAGGAGCUCGGCGUCCAGGAAGAAGGUCUCCCAGGCCAGGGAGAAGAGGUUCACCUUCGUGCUUGCUGUGGUCAUGGGGGUGUUCGUGGUGUGCUGGUUCCCGUUCUUCUUCAGCUACUGCUUGCAUGGAGUGUGUGGGGACCCCUGUAAGAUCCCCGAUCCCCUCUUUAAGUUCUUCUUCUGGAUUGGUUACUGCAACAGCUCCCUCAACCCGGCCAUCUACACCAUCUUCAACCAGGACUUCAGGCGCGCAUUUCAGAAAAUCCUUUGCAGGUCGUGGAAAAAGUCCUUCUAGAUAUUGUCUGAUAGUGGGAUGGACGAGGCCAGAACACGUAUGCCUCAAGGUGACCGCGGCCAAACUCAACAGCAUGAACGUGUGAAUGCUGCCGUGGAAUAUCAGCGUGAACGAAUCCCCUUUGCAUUAGACCACCUGAACAAUGCAAAUCGCUGUAUUUACGGUGAACACGCACAGUGUUACGCUGAGUCGGAGCACAACACCCAGCUAAGCCUUCAUGCACCUUCAUACCCCUACCCCUCCAUAUCCCUUCACAGGCAACUCUUGAGUGUCCUCAGCCUACAUUCUUCUGUUACCAGCCUGCAUAUUUGCUAUCUACGCUCAGUGUGUGCACAGUGGUCCCCAGACAUAGACGUGCUGAAGUGUGUCGCAAGGCUUAAACUAAGUGUCACAUUAGAUGUCUCCUACCGACUGCAGAUAGCAUUACCAAGGCUAGUUAUGUUAACGCAGGAAACACGGGGGAGCGGGCCCGCGCUCUUAGAAGUAAAGGUGACCGGUAAAAACCUUUUCUUUUGCAGAGCUGGUGGCGCCUUUCUAGUUAAAAGGGUUCCAUGAGGAAACCGCUCUGAAAUGGGCUCUUUGAAGAACCCCUUUUUCUGUGAUGGAAAUGUUGUUUUGUAGCUUAAUAAAAUGUCGGUUCAAAGGUGUGGAUUACUGGAGACGUGGUUUUCAGGUAGUCAUCUUUGGCCACCCAUUAUUGUGUAUAUAUACUGGCUUUACGCAGUGAGGCAGGCACUAAGAGAUGUGGUACAUGACCAAUAUACCACAGCUAAG